GUCAAUAGCACUGUGAAAUUCUCACAAAAUAGUCGCAUCGCCAUACAUGUUGUGUUUUUAUAUAUGUGCCUUAGUUUAUCAGUGAUAAUUAGUAUAGUUUUGUUAAUAUAAUAAAUUAUAUAAAGCGACGCGCGGUGGCGCUACUAGUACUAGUUAGUUACAGAAUUACUUUCUCGUCGUCGGAGGCACGAUGAGUUACCAUCGUGGGAUGGUUGGUCAUGUUAAUAUUAAUAAAAAUACAUCGUGGGGGGAAUUUUUGAACUGCAUUCAGUCCUCUCCAAUCUGCGGCGACGUAUUGAGAUUGAAAAGUGGCACUAAAAGUUUGCUGGAGCUGUGCGAGGCCUACUGCAGCUCACGUAUAGAAACGGAAUGGUUGGCAAAGUUUAAUGCCGAGCAUCACAAGAAGUCUGCAGAAAGGUCUCUUCAGCUCCGGUUAGAUGGAAAUAAGGCUUUUGCGAAGUCAAACGACAAAGAAGCAAUCGUCUGUUAUACAAAUAGCAUACUACAGGCGCCGCCGGCGUGCGACGGAUGUCAGCUAGGGCUGGCCUUUGGUAAUCGCUCAGCCGUGCUUGCUCGACUAGGGAAACAAGAGGCAUGUCUCGUGGACAUCGAGAAUGCUCUCGGCGUCGCCGGCUACCCGCCCGGCAAGCGCCACAAGCUUUACACGAGGAAGAUGCAGUGCCUUCUCUCUCUGGGUCGGCAGGAGGAGGGGCGUGCUGCGAAGGAGGAGGCAUGCGAGGCGCUGCGUCACGUCGCAGAGGGCGCUGACAGAGAGGAUGCUGCAGCGAAGAUAGAAAAUAUCUGGAGCGAGUCUUCCUUUCCUACACAGUCAAAGAUGCCAAAGCACGACCAACAUGGAGAAAGCAGGGCCGUGCCGCCGCCGCCGUUCCUAGGGAGCAACAAGAUGCUAGAGGGCGCCUCUGUAGCACUCGAACUAAGGGACAGUGAUGAUAGGGGGCGUUACAUAACGGCCAGGGAUGCCGUCGCCGCCGGAAGACGUCCUCUUUGUGGAGAAGCCAUACGCCUCAGUACUGCUGCAGGAUCAUGAGACAACGCACU